AACGCCAACGUGGAUUGCGUCAAGACUGCCAGGAGCUCUGCGGAGAGCACCACCUCGGUCAUACAGCACGUCGGACAGCCCGUUGCCACCCCUGCGAAACACAGCAAUAAGGUGGCCAAAUCCUGUGGCCAGGAAGCCAAUUUCAAGGCAAGCGAGACCGCCUUGGCCUCCAGCCCCAUCUUCCUGCCGCCCAACGAGGCGUUUCGCUCCCCGCCUCUGCCCUACCCCCGGAGUUACCUGCCGUACCCGGUGCCGGAGGGGAUAGCCAUCAGCCCCCUAUCCCUCCACUAGCCAUCACCCCUCUCCCUCCACGGGAAAGGACACGUCUAUCCGCACCCCGUCUUGCUGCCCAACGGCAGCCUCUACCCCGGCCACCUGGCUCCCAAACCCGGCCUCCCCUACAGCCUGCCGGCGGGGCGAGGGGAAUUCAUGACCUACCAGGAUGCGCUGGGGAUGGGGAUGGUGCACCCCAUGCUGCUGCAGCAUUCGGCUUUGGAGAUGAGUAAGGAGGAGAAGGUGGAAAGGAGGUCACGGUCUCACGAGAGGGUCCGCUACGAGGACCCGGCUCUGCGGGGCCGGUUGCCAGAGCUCCUGGAGAGCAGCGGGAAGGGGCAUUUCGAAGUACCCGGCGACAAGAGCGUGAAAUUGCACCAGAGCUCUGGCCACGGUAAAAACUCGACCAAAAGCGACAAACACCUCUUCCCGGAUCUCCUGCGAGACGAGCAGGAGGCUAAAAGUGAAGCCAACGUAACGAAAGCCAGCUUUGCUACGGAAAGCAGUAAUCAGGCUAAUGACCCUACAAAGCACAAGGUAGAGCAGGCGUCGCAGCACAGAGAUUUUAUUGUAAUGAGAGAGGAGUUUGGAAGAAGUAAUGAUCUUCAUGAAACCUAUAAUUUCAAGCAAGCCCAGAGUUCAUCGGUUUUCAGCUUAAGGAAAGAAGAUUUAUCUGUGAGCCAGCCUAAAGAGAGAGUGACGGUCCAGCCUUCGCCCGUUUUCUUGGAAAGCGCUCACGAGAGCGAUGCUCCGGCUCUGGCUUUUGGCAAGGUGCAGGAGGACGCGAAGCCGUUCUGCAUGGGGACCGCGCCGCCGAGCAUCGACGCCAACCAGCCCUAUACCAAAGAUGGAGCCGACGACGCAGAAUCUGCCGAUGGCAAAAUACUGAAACCCAAGCCGUCUAAGUUGGCCAAGAGGAUCGCAAACUCUGCCGGUUACGUAGGUGAUCGAUUCAAGUGUGUGACGACGGAACUGUAUGCGGACUCCAGCCAGCUCAGCCGGGAGCAGCGGGCGUUGCAGAUGGAAGGAUUACAAGAGGACAGUAUUUUAUGUCUACCUGCUGCUUACUGUGAGCGUGCAAUGAUGCGCUUCUCAGAGUUGGAGAUGAAAGAGAGAGAAGGCCAAACAGCUACCAAAGACUCAGAGGUCUGCAGAUUCAGCCAGGCAGACUGGGAAAACUUGAAAGGAAGCAGUGAAAAGAAGCCAAAGUCUGUCGCUCUGGAAGAUGCCAUUGCUGACCAAAAUGACAAUGACAGAUGUAACUUUACUAGUACAGAAAACAACCAAGGUCACUUUCUUGAAACUCCGGAGGAAAAAGAUCUCUCAAAUGAGAAAUGUUAUUUAGAGAGACAUUCUAUAUAUGAAAAAGCAGAAGACCAGCCAACGGAAGAUAUUGGCCAACAUCCAUGUCCACGUCUGGAGAGGAAGCGUAAACACUCUGGUGAGAGAGUGCAAAAUGAUGGCAGCCAAAAUGAAAACUUUGUGGAUGAACUGCAGGAUGAACUUAUAUCAAAAGCAAAAAAGAAGAAGAGCUCCAAAGAUGACUGGCCUGAGAGGGAAAUGACAAACAAUUCCUCUAACCACUUAGAAGAGCCCAAUUGUAAUGAGGUGACCAACCUGAAGGUGUGCAUUGAAUUAACAGGGCUCCAUCCCAAAAAGCAGCGUCACCUGCAGCAUCUUAGGGAACUGUGGGAGCAGCAGGUGUCACCUGAGAGAUCCCCGUCCGGCAAGUUGGGCCGGCAAAGCAGGAAAGAUUUAGCUGAGGCUGUUCAGCCAGAGGCCACUGCAAAGGUCAAAGACUUCACAGAAGAAAGGCACACCAAGAAAAGGUCAGAGGCCAAAAGCAAUAGAAGUUGGUCUGAAGAGUCCCUCAAAACAAGUGACAAUGAACAAGGCUUGCCCGUAUUCCCAGUGUCUCCGCACAUGAAGAGCCUUUCAUCCACCAAUGCAAACAGCAAAAGGCAGGCUCAGCCAAGCUGUACUCCAGCCUCGAGGUUGGCUGCCAAACAGCAGAAAAUUAAAGAAAGCCGGAAGACAGAUGGGCUGUACACAGACGAAGAGGAGGAUUUCCAACAUGCAUCUCUGCUGCAGAAAUACAGCGAGUGUGAGAAGCCAUCAGGGAAACGUCAGUGUAAAACAAAACACUUGGCACUGCAGGAGAGGAGAAGGAGGUCAUCUCUGACAGGGGAUGACACCACAGAUAUCGAAAAUGCUGAAGAUAAGGUCACGGUAACGAGGAAAGUCAGGAAGAGACCGGAGCCGACUUCAGACCGCGACUCCUCGCCAGCCCGACCCAUGCCACCCGAGGCACGGAGACUCAUUGUCAAUAAGAACGCGGGGGAGACGCUGCUGCAGCGGGCGGCACGCCUGGGGUACGAGGAAGUGGUUCUGUACUGUUUGGAAAACAAGGUGUGUGAUGUGAAUCAUCGUGACAACGCGGGUUACUGUGCCCUGCACGAGGCCUGUGCCAAAGGCUGGCUGAGCAUCGUGCGGCAUCUCCUCGAGUACGGGGCUGACGUCAACUGCAGCGCUCAGGAUGGAACCAGACCGAUCCAUGACGCAGUCGAAAACGAUCACUUGGAAAUUGUCCGGCUGUUACUGUCUUACGGUGCUGAUCCAACGCUCGCGACCUACUCUGGGAGGACCAUCGUGAAAAUGACCCACAGUGAGCUCAUGGAGACCUUCCUCACAGAGUAUUUAACUGACCUGCAAGGUCGAAGUGUUGAUGACCCUGGUUUGUACUGGGAUUUCUAUGGCAGCUCAGUGUGCGAUCCAAAAGAUGAAUCUGGAUUUGAUGUCUUGGCAAAUCCUCCUGGCCCAGGUGAUGAAGAUGAAGAUGGCUUUAGCGAUGUGUUUGAAUUUGAAUUUUCGGACGAGCCUCCCUUGCCAUGUUACAACAUUCAAGUGUGUCUCUCUCAGGGACCGCGGAACUGGCUUUUGCUCUCGGACGUGGUGAAGAGGCUAAAAAUGUCAUCUCGCAUCUUCCGCUGCAACUUCCCCAGCCUGGAAGUUGUCACCAUCACGGAGGCAGAGUUUUACAAACAGACUUCCCUCAGCCAGUUGUUCUCUUGCGCUACGGACCUUGAAGCUUUUAACCCGGAGAGCAAAGAGCUAUUGGACUUGGUAGAGUUUACGAGCGAACUCAAGACUUUGCUCGGCUCCUCGCUUCACUGGUUGCAUCCGCACGAGGACCCUCCCUUCGACAUCCUCUGGUGAACCAUCAGGCCAUUUAAUGUACAGUGCUCUAUACAGUUACUUCUUUAUGUAUAUGUGUUCAAAUGCAAUUGUUUCUGUAAAGAAAGGACACUAUUAAAUAUGAAAAUAUCUUUCCUUUAUAUAAGAGAUCUGAAUUCCAGUUGGAUGGAUUUUGGAAGAAUUUUUUUUUAACUUCAAUCAGUUUUUACAAAAUUGUUAUAUAAUGUUUCUUUAAAUGCACACAGGCUUUGGGAUAAGUUUGUUAUUACUCGGAACACAUUUUUUUUUUUAAAGGACACACCCACACAUUGACUUUGUUUCAUACAAAGCACUGAUUACACAGAACAUACUUUUUCUAGGUGAUGUGAUCAAAGUCGUGUGGCUUGUUUGGGAGAUAGAAUUCGGUAAGGCACUUGCUGAUAAUUAUUUUUGUUUUUUUGUUUACAGAAUUACCUGCUUUGGCCAGGUAAGCACUAUUGAAUAUAAUUCAAUAGUUUGUAAUAUAAAUUAAACCAUAUCCAUACGCAUCAACUAAUUGUAAGAACUUUUAUAUCCUAAUUUAAAAGCUGUGAAAUUUAGUUUUCACACAUCAAACCGGAUUGUUUAUAUAUGUUUAAACAUUUUAUGCUCUUUAUUUAAAGAAGACUUUGAACUAUUUUUUCUGUACCUUGUAAAAUAUUGAAAAACUAACAUAUGUUGAAGUUGCUUGAAACUGUACAUAAACUAAAUUUUCUGAAUUGUGUGUUUAUGUUUGAGAUCUGUGUUUUAACUUUGUAAGUAAAUCUCCUGCCUUUGUAUUUAUAUUUUACAAAAAUUUUCUUAAAGGCAAUAAAACUGUUGAGAAAUGAAG